CCUCUAAGUCAGCAAAUCAAGACCAUGAAUUUCUUCUGCAACAACUCAAUCAUUGUCCUUAUCUUUUCCAUUGCAAUACUCAUGCUUUCCCUUUGGGUUAAUGUGUCCUUAGCUAGGACCCUCCCUCACACACACCCACCUUCUUCUUCUUCAUCUUCUUCUUUGGAUCACAACAAUAUGUCUUCAUCUUCAUCAUCUUCUCAAACUUUCUCACACAGCAAACAAGGGCCAAACUCAGCUCAUGAUCAGCCUGCUAUGGUUGCUGCUAGCCUCAGAAGGAUUCCACCAAGCAGACCAAACCCUACUCAGAACAGGUUAAGGCCUGGGGCAAGAGCUUAGAGUGAGGAACUUUAAUUUGAUGGAGCUCAUGAAGAUGUUUCAGACAAAAUAUAUGAAGAUGCAGCAGGAAUAUUAUUACAUAGGAACUGUUUGUUGCUCCAGUUUUGGUUCGUGAAUUUUAAGCUCGAUGGUGUCGUAUAAUGAUAUAUAUAUAUAUAUAUAUAUAUAUAUCUUAGAUUCCUAGAUUUCUAUGUGUGGAACUGGAAGUGGUUGGUAAGGUAAGAAUGUUUCACUAUUAUGUUUUUUUUCUUUUUGGUAGUAGUUUGAUGCUUUAGGCUACAGAGUACAGUAGGGUUACAAGAAUGUAAG